CUCCGCCACACAUGACGUUCACGUGCGGCGCCAUUGGCCGAAGUUUAUUUGAACCUCCAGCCCUGCAGCUUCCAUCCACCGACGGCCAUUUCGACACCGUCUUCUUCCCACAACAUGGCCGGCACAAUAUCAGCAAAGGGGAUCCUGAAACAACCAUCAACACAGAGCACUCCAUCCAUCUCGGACGAGCAAAAAGCAAAAGCCGACCGAGACAGACGAAACCUAGGCAUCGCCCUCUUCCACGCCAACAAGAUCCGGGCCCAAAAGGAUGUAGAAGCGACAAUUCUAACCAAUAUCGAGACACUACUCGAAUACCCGCCGCAGACACCUUUCACAUCAGCCCAGGCGUCCACUUUCGUCCAGCUACUCGCUCCCUUCCAACCCUCCGACUUCGACAGCUUGGUUGAGGAACGGACGCUCGAUGGCAAAUGCGGCUAUGCUCUGUGCUCCAACGCCCCGCGCUCCAAAAGCAUGGGCAGCAAUGCGGCGUGGAGAUUGAAAGGCCAUGGAGCACAAGAUUACUGCAGUAACGAGUGCCUUCGCAAAGCGCUGCAUGUGAAGAUGCAGCUGAGUGAAGUGCCUGCUUGGGAUCGGGAGCUCGGACGGGAUCCUGACAUUGUGUUACCAGAAACCGAUAGACCGCCGACGACUCAUGCUACUUCUGAAAGCCGGCAGCGGUGGCAUCAGUCAUCGGUGAACGAUGAUGAGCUGGCGUCGGAACGAGGCGAGAAGGCGAGAGGCUUCAGACCCACUCAGGUCAUGGCUGACACUAUUGUGGAGAAGAAGACGACUUCACCAAAGCCUUCGGAGCCUAUCUCGCCCGCGCUUGCAACACCGCAUGACUCUAUCGAAGGCUACAUACCCGUCCAAGCCACUAAGAAGGUGCAACCGACUGAGCGUCGCACCACCUUUGCCAGCGAUGUGGUCGUGCCGAGACCCAAUAUCCCAGAGACUGACGAAGAGGCAUCAUGGAAGGCGCUCUUCGAGAACAUGUCUAUACGUUGAGACAGCACUACCCUUUGAGGACAGAUAUUCCACAGUUACAACCAGUCAUUCCAGCUCGUGAUGAGCAUGGCGAUCUACCGGGAGAUACCUGCUGCCUAAUAAGCCAGCGGGUGAAUACUAUCUCAAAAACUGAAAGAGCCGACCAAUGCGGCUAAUUUCAUGACCACCAAUAUCCAUC